AAUACCAAUAUAUAUAAAGAAAAAUAAUAAAAUAAAGGGAAGUAUUUUAUUUCUGCAGCAAAAACUAGAGUACCGAUAAAUCUAAUGUUAGAUCGCGAUCGUCUUAUUUUUCCACAGUAACUGCGUUGUAACUGCGUGUGAGUUCAUACGGUAGGGAUAGUACAGCACAUGGUUCUAGGAUCAGAUUCGUUCAAGCAAACGCGCAGAAUGUGAAUUCGGUCUCACAUAACUGCAGCUGAUCUCAGAUCAGAGCUUCGAUGUACGUCACCGAAUGAGCGUGUGACGCCAUUUCCGAUGCCGCGAUGGCGGUGGAUUUGACUCCGCGGUUCAGAAGACUGAACAGCCAAACCUGUUUCAGAGAGAAUAAACAACUAUCAGGUUUCUCUGGGCCCUUCAGGGCCACUCAGCUGUGGCAGAACAUCAUUGAGGCUCUGCGGACGCAGGUGGAGCUCCGACCCCGCAGACAGCACUUGCGUGUCCAUCAUGACUGCUUUACUGGCUCUGAUGCAGUGGACGUGGUUCUGAGCCACCUCAUGCAGAACAUCUAUUUCUGCUCCAGCGAAGUGUCCCGUCUCAAAGCUGCCAGGCUCUGCCAAGCCUUAAUGGAGUCUCGAGUGUUUGAACCCAUUGGGAUGAAGCUCUUCAGACGAGAAAAAGAAAUGACCUUUGAGGAUUCCAGCUGCAGCCUGUACCGCUUCCUGGACGGAUCGGCCAAAAAGAGAUACAGUGGCGAUGAGAACCAGACACCAGACAAACAAACUGGAAAGAGGAAGACCACUUCAAGGUUUGGGGAAAUGCAGACGAUCUCCAAUCCUUUGGUUCUUGGAUCAACAGACAGAAGAGUGGAGAGACUACUGAAGAAUAUAAACCUGCACCCAUCUGUGCCUUCUGAUCUACAUCGUGCAGCCAUUUCCAACACUUUCCUGUCAAAAAAAGUGGUGCGGGACGUUUGGAGGCAGCAUACGUUACUUCAGUUGCUACAAGUGGUUGAGAUCUCCAUGCUGGACUGUAUUUUGACCUCGCCUGCCAAACCAGAGCCCCUGCGCUCAUCUCUGCGCAACCACGGUGACCUGGUCAUCUCCAACACCUGCGUGGAUCGUGAAGUCUCAGAGAGUCUCAACCUGCAUGAGUUGGACCCUUGGCUGUUGGCAGCAGUUGACUGCCUUGAGCUGUUCCCAGAUCAGUUAAUCGUGGUUGCCAGUGAGCAGCUCAUCCAACAGAAUGCAGCAUCUGGGGAGGGGAAGCAUAAGAGACUGCUGUUCGACACCAUCGCUAAAUAUUACAACAGCCCAGAGAGACCUCCACUACUGUCAGGCCGCUACACUGACAUCCAGACUGGAGUCUUACAUCUUUUGGAUUGUGGGAGAAGUCAGGAUGCCUUGAGAGCAGCUCAGCUCUGUCUGCAGCUGUUGGAGUCCACGAGCAGAGACGAGUUACGCAGACUGUUGGGCUUUAUGGCAGCCGCUGCAGAUAAUGAAGCUUUCAGACUACACAAGCAGACAGAGAACCGUGCUUUGGUUAGCAAGACGUUUGUGAAGGCUGUGAUUCAGAGUAAAGAAAUGACUCGCGUCCAAUGUGAGCAGCUACUGCUGUUCCUCAUGGAUAAUCGCACACAACUCUUUAAGACACCCUUAUCGUUGAUUGAGGCUGUGAGGAAGACGCUACAAACUUUGCAGCAAGGGAGAGAUCUAGAUAACGUAGCACUGUUCACAUUCUGCCAGCAGGUGUCGCUCCAGCAGUAUGAGGAUAACAAAGAUAAGGCCACUCUUGAAGGUUUAAAGCAGUUAAUGCACCAUAUCGCUCACAGCGAUGGCCUGUCCGUCAAACAGAAGAGACGACUGGCCAAGCAGUUCCAGAAACAUCACCCAGGGAUUUUUCUCCAGCACUUCUUCUCUACAUUCUAGAAAGUAAUGAACACUGGAUAAAAAUAGUUUGUUAGGUUUUUAUCAAUCCGGGUUAUACAAUUAUAUCAGGUAGAGUUGUUUGUUAAACUUGUUUUUAUUAGUUGAAGGCAUUUUGAAGCUCAUCCGAGUGUCUUAAUCAGACUGUGUGAAUGCUCCUGCAUUCCACCUAAUAUAGCAAUCCAAAGAUUAGGGUUAUUAAAGGAUUAGUUCACUUUCAAAUUAAAAUUUCCUGAUAAAUUUCUCACCCCCAUGUCAUCCAAGAUGUUCAUGUCUUUCU